AUGGCACUGUUAGCAGAUACUAAUCAGUUACACGCAUCAGUAGUUGAAUUAUAUUGUCAUGAAGGAGCAGAGAUUAAAUAUCUGACAAAACAAGAUUGGUAUGCCGGUGACGAGCAUGGGAGAGGUGGGAUAUAUAACUUUGUCACCAAGAGGGGACUCUGUUGGGUCAGAUCAAAGAUAUCUUUGACACAGGUGAAAAUAGGACCAACAAUUACAUGGAAGUAUCCAAGUGUUGUUCUAGAGGGUGAUGAAUCCUUAGGAGAGUUUCAUUCGGUAGCACUAACUAAUAACUAUCAACAGGCAGAUACACGGACAAAGAUGUUACUCAAGGGAAAGUAUACUAGGAGUAUAAUCAUAUCUAAAGGUAUUUCUUCUGCGUAUUCAAGAAAUUGUUAUGGAGGACUUGUGCAGGUGAUGUUAGGUGCAGACAGAGCUAAAAGCUCCUCACAGUGCGAUUCCAUGCUCGUAGAAGAUACUGCAGCUACAAAUACCAACCCAUACAUUCAGUCUAAGAAUCCUUCUGCUCAGAUUGAACAUGAAGCUACAACAUUGAAAAUUGGUGAAGAUCAGUUGUUUUACUUUCAACAGAGAGGAAUCGACUAUGAGAAUGCCAUGUUGGUUAUGAUAGUUGGAUUAUGUAGAGAUGUAGUCGAUGAUCUUCCAUAUGAACUUGCUUCUGAAAUAAAACAAUUAUUGAGCUUGAAACUAAAAGGAUCUGUUGGUUAG